AUGCAUGUAGUUCUACUGCAGGAAAGGAGUGGAGAGCAAGAACAUUAUCGGAGAUGGUUCAAGGAGCAUGGCUUUGAUGUACUGGGAGAUAGCUAUCCCGAAUACUUCGAAGGCGGUGGAGAUGCGUGCUUCUCGACCUACGAAACGCUCUGGGCCGGCUAUGGACACCGGUCAGGCAAAAGUAUAACAAAGCGGAUGCCGGACGUGAUAUCUAUAAGUGACGCUGAGGCGGACGCAUUCGUAUGCAACGCUAUCACAAUACGCAAAAUGGUAUUAUCACCAAAAGGAGUCUCCGCAGAAACGAAACACAGGCUCUCUAAGCGUGGAUUUGGCGUCAUGGAGUUCGAUAUGAGCGAGUUUAUGAAAUCCGGAGGGGCUUGUCAAUGCCUCAUUCUCAAGUUAUGA